AUGCCUGCUCCCCCUCCAAAACCGCCCCCUUCAGGCGCCGGCGCAGGUGCUGCGUCAAAGGAAGAGAACAUCUACAUCCCAUCCUUUAUCAGUAAGCGACCUUUCUAUGCCGGCGAAGAAGGCGACGACACCGACUAUCUCAAGCAUCAGCGCCGCGAAGAGAAAGAUGAGAAAUCACAAUGGUAUGACCGCGGCAGGAAGGCGGGCCCAGCGGCUACAAAGUAUCGGAAGGGCGCUUGUGAGAACUGCGGCGCCAUGACGCAUAAGAAGAAAGAUUGCCUAAGUCGGCCGCGCGCAAAAGGCGCUAAGUGGACAGGAAGGGAUAUCCAGGCCGACGAAGUGAUUCAGGAUGUCAAAAUGGGAUGGGACGCCAAGCGCGAUCGUUGGAAUGGCUACGAUGCGAAGGAAUAUCGCAACGUAGUGGACGAGUUCAACCAAAUGGAGGAGCUGCGCAAACAAGCCACGAAAGGAGAAAAUGGCGAUGAAGAGGCGGACGAGGGCGACAAGUACGCCGAGGAGAAUGACAUGAGCAAGCACCAGAGCACAGCAACUCGACAGUUGCGAAUUCGAGAAGAUACAGCCAAAUAUCUUUUGAACCUUGAUCUGGAAUCUGCGAAAUACGACCCCAAGACACGAUCGUUGGUGGAUGCUGGUGCAACCGCAGAUAAGGCGGCCGAUGUCUUUGCGGAAGAGGGAUUCAUGCGGUCGUCUGGCGAUGCUGGUGCUUUUGAGAAUGCUCAACGUUAUGCAUGGGAAGCCCAAGAGAAGUCAGGAGACACGAGCCAACACUUGCAAGCCAAUCCAACGGCAGGUGAGUUCUACCGCAAGAAGGAGAGAGAAGAGGCCGAGGCAAAGCGUGCGGAACGAGAGAAGCUGCUCUUGGACAAAUAUGGGGGAGACCAAAAGGCAAUGCCAGCUGCUUUGCGCAACAUGACUGUGACUGAAUCCGAAACAUUCGUCGAGUACGAUGAGGCUGGCUUAAUCAAGGGCGCGCCCAAGAAGGAGGCCAAGUCCAAGUAUGCCGAGGAUGUUCUCAUCAACAACCAUACUUCCGUAUGGGGCAGCUGGUGGUCCAACUUCAAAUGGGGGUACGCUUGUUGUCACUCAUUUAUCAAGAACAGCUACUGCACUGGAGAUGAUGGCAAGACAGCAUGGGAGGCAGCCGAGCGUCAACGCACUGGCGCCAAUCUGAUUGAGGAUAAGGAAGAAGAUCCCGAGGAUACCACGAAAGAGGAUGAGGAGAAGAACAAAGAAGAGCAACCGCAUAAGCGUACAAGAGAGGAAAUGAUGAACGGGGUCACGGAGGAGGAGAUGGAAGAGUUUAGGAAGAAGAGACGAGCAACGGAUGAUCCCAUGGCAAAGAUGUUGGGCAGGGAUGAACUUUUAUCAUAG